UUAAUCAGAUUGAAUGGUUUUGUUUUGGAUAAUUCAGAUUUUAAGCCGAAUACCCUUUAAUUGGAUACGGAUCCCCUAAAACAAAUACGAAUGUGAAUUCAAUCAUCCAUUUACAUCCCUGUGGAAAGUGGAAACACGAUGGAAGUGGUGAUAUGAUGCCUAUACUUCUUUCUCUGUCCUUGCGUCUUCUACUCUUUUCUCCAUUUCGACCUGCAAUUUCGCUUUGACUCCCCAAUAAAUUUUUGCAUUAUUCGCUUCUCGUCAGAUUCUGACUUCUAAGAACUCGAUAAGCUUUCAGAGGCAUAUUUAUUUACUACUAACUACUUACUAGAAGCGCAAAACCCUCUCGGCCUUUCUCCCCUUCCUUUCCCUACCCCCCUCCGCCACCUCCCUCUCUCUCUCUCUCUCUCUCUCUCUCAUGAACGAUAAUCGUCUCUACCAGUUUCAUGGAAACACCAGCAUCAACAUCUUCAGCACCAGCUGAAUCCGACAUUGUAAAGAAAAUAGUCACCACACUUAUUUCCCAGCCUUCCCUCCAAUCUCUCAACCCAUACAUUCCUUUCCUCACCCACUCUGUAAUACCAUCAAUCUUCUCUUCUCCAUCCCUUUCUUCGAAUCCUAACACACUUCUCAGCUUCUUCCAAUGGUGUCGUACUCAUAUUUCCAAUUUCACCCACGACUGCAAUUCCCUCCCUUCCCUCCUCCCCCUCCUUUUUUGUCUUUUUAGUCACCAUAAGUUCUCUGACGCUAAAUCUCUUCUUCUCUCUUUCAUCGCUGCUGACUCUCGUCACGUCCUCCACAACCACCUUCUCUAUCCAUCUUCUCAUCUCCCUCGACCCUCUAAAGCCCUUCUUGACACUGCUAUUGAUUCCUAUGUCCAGUACCGGAAACCCCACUUUGCGUUUCAGAUUUUCAAGAAGAUGAAGCGCCAUCACCUCCGCCCAACUGUCCUCACUUGCAACACCCUUCUCAAUUCUCUGGUAAGGUACCCAUCUUCUUAUUCCCUUCAUAUGUCUAGACAGGUCUUUGAUGAUGCCAUCAAGCUUGGGGUCAUCCCAAAUACGAACACUUUCAAUAUUAUGAUUUAUGGGUAUUGCUUGAAUUCUAAGUUUAAAGAUGCCAUGAUGUUGCUUAACCGAAUGACUCAGAUUGAUUGCUUACCAGAUAAUGUUACUUAUAAUACGAUCUUAGAUGCCUUCUGUAAGAAAGGUCUUUUGAAUGAGGCUCGGGAUUUGCUUUCUGAUAUGAAAAACAGAGGCCUUUCGCCGAACCGGAAUACAUAUAACACCUUGGUCAGUGCAUAUUGUAAGUUGGGAUGGCUGAAGGAGGCAGCAAAGACAAUUGAAUUGAUGAGUCAAAGCAAAUUUUUGCCUGAUUUUUGGACUUACAACAUGUUGAUUAAUGGGUUGUGCAAGGAGGGUAGGAUUGGAGAAGCUCUUAGGCUUCGGAAUGAGAUGGAGAAUUUGAAGUUGUUUCCUGAUUUGGUUACUUAUCACACAUUGAUUAAUGCAUGUUUUGAGUGGAAGAUGAACUUUAUGGCCCACGAGUUGCUUGGGAAAAUGGCUGAGAAGGGUGUGCAGCAAAAUGCUGUUACCCAUAAUAUUAUCAUAAAGGGCUUGUGCAAAGAGGGAAAAAUAGAGGAAGCAAGUAAAUCCAUUAUUAAAAUGGAGGAAAAUGGGUUUUCUCCAGACUGUGUUACGUACAAUACUUUGAUCAAUGGGUUCUGUAAAUCAGGGAAAAUGGCGGAAGCAUUCAAGAUGAUGGAUAAGAUGGCUCAGAAAGGUUUGAAGAUGGACACUGUUACUCUCAAUACUGUUCUAUACAAUCUCUGUAAGGAGAGGAAACUAGAUGAGGCUUAUGGCCUACUUCAUAGUGCUGUAAAGAAGGGUUAUUCCAUUGAUGAGGUUAGUUAUGGAACCUUGAUCAUGGGCUACUUCAAGGAUGAGGAUGUUGAUGGGGCUUUGAAGCUUUGGGAUGAGAUGAAAGAGAAAGAGAUCCUUCCUAGUGUUGUUACCUACAAUUCUGUUAUUGGAGGGUUUUGCAAGUGUGGAAAGACUAAGGAGGCAUUGGUCAAGUUGAAUGAGCUUAUACAGAAUGGUGUGUUGCCGGAUGAGACAACAUACAACAGUCUUAUUCAUGGGUACUGUAGGGAAGGAGAUGUGGAGAAGGCUUUUCAAUUUCACAAUAAGAUGUUAGACAAAUCAUUCAAGCCAGAUACUUCUACUUGUAAUAUUCUUCUUCGUGCACUCUGCAAGGGGGGCAUGGUAGAGAGGGCUCAUAAGCUCUUCCAAACAUGGCUUUCAAAGGGGAAAGUCGUUGAUGCUUUCACUUACAACAUUCUGAUAACAGGCAUGUGCAAAGAAGGUAAGAUUGAAUAGGCAUUGGAGCUUCUCAUAGAAAUGGAAGAGAAGAAACUGGACCCAAACCACAUUGCAUGCAAUGCCAUUUUAUGUGGACUUACAGAGUCAGGUAGAACUGAAGACGCUAAGGAGUUUCUAUCCAAUAUGAUUGAAAAUGACAAAUUACCCAAUCAAUUAUAUUUUGCAGCUGGUAGGGAAGUCAUCCCAGGAGUACAGGGUGCAAAAGGUCAAGAGGUGGUUGCUAAUGAAACUCAACAGGACUGGGAUUCAAGUUCUGUUGCUUACUCUAAGCGCAUUGAUGACCUAUGUAGUGAAGGAAAAUACAAAGAAGCAAUGUGCACAUUGGAAGAAUCAAUGACAAAUGGUAUUACAGUAAAUAGAUCCACGUAUAUUACAUUGAUGGAAGGGCUCAUUAAGAGGCGGAAAAGCAUGUCAAACUUGGCCCGAUAGAAGUGGCCUCAUGUUAUUUCUCGUCUCUUCUUGUGAAAUCACAUCCUUAUCUUUUCAGUCAGUGGCGAGCAGUUGAACCAGAUAAGUUCAGAGUUAUUCAGGUGACAGGAACACACAAGAAGUCUAGGCCUCCUAGCGCUUGAGGCCAAGGCACCCGCCUGAUUGAAAUGAAGCACAGUUUAUGAAAGGUGAGAUUUGUAUUGGCAUAGAAGACCUCCAGAUGAUCACUAAGCAGCAAGGGUGGCUCCUUCCGGUGAGAUUUGUAUUGGCAUAGAAGACCUCCAGAUGAUCACUAAGCGACAAGGGUGGCUCCUUCCGCAUUGGGAGUUUGGGAGAUGUGAUUGGUGGACAGUUCAAAAGUUGGAGUUUGGGAAAUACUGCACGAUUGAUAGACAGUUUAUAAGUAGAGCAGUAGCUUAAGGAUGAUAUGGGGAGUAUUUUGAUUGAUCAUUACUUUGUUGCUUUAUGUCAUCCAUUUCUGAGAAUGUAGUUGGUCAAACCUAUCAUUUAAUUGAUUUGGGAGAUAUCUGGACAGGCUAAGUAAGGUUAUUGGCAGAGUAGUAGAUAAGAAGGAUAGUAUAUAUAGCAAAAUUGAUGUAGUUUGUGUCUCAAUAAUAUGUCAAGGGCAAAGGAACUCUGCCCGUGGCACGGUCUUUUCACACCAGCUUAUGUGUGGGUGUCGGGGAUGCCAGGCUGGUACGGUUCUUUUUCCCGUGUAUUAAUAAUAUUACUGAUUAGGGUGUC